UGUUAGUGUGGACUGAUGGUGCAGGAUGUGGAUCAAUUUGACAACUUAGAAAAACAUACACAGUGGGGAAUUGAUAUUCUUGAGAAAUACAUCAAAUUUGUAAAAGAAAGGACAGAGAUUGAACUCAACUAUGCAAAGCAACUCAGGAAUCUUUCGAAGAAAUACCAACCUAAAAAGAACUCGAAGGAGGAAGAAGAAUACAGGUACACGGCAUGUAAAGCCUUCCUUUCCACCCUGAACGAGAUGAAUGACUAUGCCGGGCAGCACGAGGUUAUCUCCGAGAACAUGACCUCCCAGAUCACCGUGGAGUUAGCACGCUACGUCCAGGAGCUGAAGCAGGAGAGGAAAUCGCACUUUCAUGAUGGACGGAAGGCCCAGCAGCAAAUAGAGACUUGUUGGAAGCAACUUGAAUCAAGUAAAAGACGAUUUGAGCGGGAUUGCAGAGAGGCUGACCGAGCCCAGCAGUACUUUGAGAAAAUGGAUGCUGACAUAAAUGUUACAAAAGCAGAUGUCGAAAAGGCACGACAACAAGCUCAAACCCGUCACCAAAUGGCCGACGACAGCAAAGCCGAUUACUCAUCAUAUCUUCAGAAAUUCAACCACGAGCAGCAUGAAUAUUACCACACUCACAUUCCCAACAUCUUUCAGAAAAUACAAGAGAUGGAGGAAAGAAGGAUAGUGAGAAUUGGAGAAUCAGUGAAGACGUAUGCGGAGCUGGACCGGCAGGUGAUUCCGAUCAUUGGGAAGUGCUUGGAUGGGAUAGUAAAGGCAGCCGAGUCCAUUGAUCCAAAAAAUGAUUCACAGCUGGUAGUAGAAGCUUAUAAGUCUGGGUUUGAGCCUCCCGGAGACAUUGAAUUUGAGGAUUACACUCAGCCGAUGAAGCGCACUGUGUCAGAUAACAGCCUUUCGAAUUCCAGAGGCGACGGCAAACCAGAGCUGAAAUUUGGUGGCAAAUCCAAAGGAAAGCUGUGGCCGUUCAUCAAAAAAAAUAAGCUUAUGUCCCUUUUAACAUCCCCCCAUCAGCCUCCCCCACCUCCCCCUGCCUCUGCCUCACCCUCUGCUGUUCCCAACGGCCCCCAGUCUCCCAAGCAGCAAAAGGAACCCCUCUCCCAUCGCUUCAACGAGUUCAUGACCUCCAAACCCAAAAUCCACUGCUUCCGGAGUCUAAAGCGUGGGCUUUCUCUCAAGCUGGGUGCAACGCCGGAAGAUUUCAGCAACCUCCCUCCUGAACAGAGAAGGAAAAAGCUACAACAGAAAGUCGAUGAAUUGAAUAAAGAAAUUCAAAAGGAGAUGGAUCAAAGAGAUGCCAUCACAAAAAUGAAAGAUGUCUACCUAAAGAAUCCGCAGAUGGGAGACCCCGCCAGCCUGGAUCACAAAUUAGCGGAAGUCAGCCAAAACAUAGAAAAACUGAGACUAGAGGCCCAGAAAUUUGAGGCCUGGCUGGCCGAGGUUGAAGGCAGACUCCCCGCGCGCAGCGAGCAGAGCCGCCGGCAGAGCGGGCUGUACGACACUCAGAGCGCGCCUGCGGUCAACAACUGCGCGCAGGACCGGGAGAGCAGCCCGGAUGGCAGUUACACGGAGGAGCAGAGUCAGGAGAGUGAGGUGAAGGUGCUGGCCACGGACUUCGACGACGAGUUUGACGAUGAGGAACCGCUCCCUGCCAUAGGCACUUGCAAAGCUCUCUACACGUUUGAAGGUCAGAAUGAAGGAACCAUCUCAGUAGUUGAAGGAGAAACUCUGUACGUUAUAGAGGAAGACAAAGGAGAUGGAUGGACCCGCAUUCGGAGAAACGAAGAUGAAGAGGGUUACGUGCCCACUUCCUACGUCGAAGUCUAUUUGGACAAAAAUGCCAAAGGUGCUAAGACUUAUAUUUAAUACAACUUAAAAAAAAAAAACAACACAAAACCAAACUUUAAAAAAAUUGGAGUUGUUUCUUCCCACAACUAUGACUGUUAAGGCAGUUCUUCAAAAGACUGGACGGGGAGCACCGCGGUCCAUGUUUCAUGUAGCCGCAAGGUGGACUUUCAGGCAUCUUACACCUGAAUUUCCUGGGCUAGUUUUGACUAUAAUCAAGUUUCACUUGCUGAUGACAUUUUAUGUGGAAAGCUGCCAACUGCCAAUUUACACCUGUGUCGUUUGAAAUCUGAUAAACAUUUCUUCUUUGGGCAGCCUCUGUAGAUAACCCCCCCCCUGAAAAAAAAAGUUGCCUUCUAGCUUCAAAUCAGUAUUUCUGAAUCUAAAAGUCCAUGCACAUCAUAGGGGUGCCGCGAAGACUUCAGUUGUCUUAUUCAUAUCUAACAUCUGCCGUAAUUGAACUACCUUGGAAUGUUACAUUUUGUAACAAUAAACUGAACCACACUAGUUUGUUCAAUUUUACAGUCAUUCGCUUUGGAGGAGCUCAUAAAUACAGAAUCAGUAAAGCAUCAGAAGAUUCUUACAUGGGUACCAAAAGUGUGCAUUUUUACUUAAACAUGUUUUAAGAGCAUUGCUAGGCCACCGUAUUAUCUUGUUUUGUCUCUGGGAUCCUAAACAACCCACUGAAAUCUAGAAAACUCGAUCAACUGGUUGAUUUUUUUUUUCACCUGUGACUACUGAUCCUUCCUCUAACAACUGACAGAGUUGAUCAGACGUGCUAGUAACAUUUAGAUGAACUUAUAUAAAAACAGUGCACUUCCUUCUGUCCUGUGGAAGGCUUUGUGGCAGGUGGGGCUGUAUUUAGCUCACACUUGCCCGGGUUGGGCUGUGAGUAGAAGCUGGUGCAGCAGCAACCCUGUCUACACACAGACCCCAGCACGUCACCUUUCAAGGUUUUUUUGUUUGUUGUUUUUAACCAUGGGCAUCUUUAAGACCCAAAGUGUGAAUUUACUGAGAAUUGUUUUAGAAUGCCUCGCUCACUUUAUAUAAUUAACCGUAGCCAAAAUACAAUGUUUCACCAUCUUAAAGGAAUCUGGGUCAUGUAGGGAUUUGCAUCUUGAAAUUGGCAGGAUAGGUAGUGAAAUUAGUCCCAUGCAUGAACGGGUACCAAACCCAAUGAUUGUGCCCAUUUCUAGAAUCUUCCCUGAGAUCACAGAGAACCAGCUAAAAAUGAGUCAAGAUGAAGGUAUUGGGUUGAGAUUCUCUUCUUAUUUGGCUUUGAAAAUUAUUUAUUCGUGUCCUUCCUACUUUUAAAUAGGAAAUUAGCUCCUUGCUUCUACAUCGUGGGCUCUGUUUAGAAGCUCAGAUCAAUUUCAAGCUGAUUCUGAACUUGACAGCAACACAUCGGGGGUCUAGGACCUGGCCGGAGUUACUGGUACCUGUUGCAGAUUCUAACAGAAAGUUCUCUUACAUUUUCCAAGGGCCACCAAAAUGGAAUUUAGUAGCCUUUGCUUCACGACUGCCUGCUUUUUAAAACAUUUUUUAUUUUAAAAUAAUUUUAGAUUCUCCAGAAGUUGCAGAGAUAGUACAGAGAGAGCCCUUGUCCCCUUCAUUGCUCUUCCCCCAGUGGCUGCAUCUGACACAGCUGUAGUCCAGUAUCAAAAGCUGGAAACCAGUACUAGUCAGCCUGAAUUUUUAAAAUAUGAUUUUGUAAUUCAAACUUAUUUUGCAUUGUUAUACCUUUGCUGCCAAAACAUCACUAAAGCCACUCAUCCUGACCCCAGGCCUCUCAGGAGAAUCGUUUCAGUUCUUUUUAAUAUUACAGCAAGAAAAUGAGCUGACCCUUAAGCCAUGGGAAUUUGUUUUCAUGCGCAGUAGGUGGUCACAGCUUUGGGCGUGUAACCAAGUGAAUGGGAGACCUAAGAUAUUAACACCUAACCUUUCUAUCCCAUGAUGAACUCAUUUCCAGACUAUGAAUUACUGGAGAAAGCAAACAAAACACUGAAAAAGUCUGAAAACGAGGCAAGACAACGUAAUUUUUUAAAAGACUGGCUUGAAAAGGAUGACAUUCCAUGAAGUUGGGUUUUUUUUUUUUUGGUUUGUUUUUGUUUUUCUUUUUUUCCCCUCCUCUUUAGGGCUGUGCAAAUCUGAUUCACAGAAUAGCUCGCUGGCUUUCGGGGAUGGGCGGGGUGAUUGGGCACAUAAGUCAUGAUCGUUGUUUUAAGUUGUAUGCCUCAGUACCUUCCCCAGCUUAAUCUACAUAAUAGGGACUCAACAGUGAAGGAUGUUUUGUAGUUUUAGUCCCAUCUCGUCCGUGUGUGACGUAUUAGCAAAAGUAUUGAAAGGAUUCCCAAGGAAUCAGGAAUUUCCACUGCCACCCGAAGUAUAACUUUGUUUUUUUCCAAUGGUUACCUCUCAUGUAGCAAAGUCUCAGCCUAUGUAUAAAGUUUUCUCCUUUUAUUUAGAGAUACCUUAGAGGUUAAUUACGUGUGUGUAAUUCGUUCUUUCCAACCUUGUUUAUAAAUCUGUUCAGCCUGCCCCAGCAACACCGCCCCACCUUAAGCCCAUCCCAGGCGGGUGGGGCUGCUGCCUUCUGAAACCCGUAACUCACAAGGGGUUGUUUUAUUGUCAGUAUUGCCAGUGCACUUUUGUGUGUGUGUGUGUGUGUGGUGUCUACCAUGUGACUAUUUAAUAAUUGCCAAAAUAGUUAGACUAGAGUAAGUUCCAAUUGGUCAACUGGAUUGUGAAUUGUCCUCUUUUACGGUUUUGUUUUGUUUUGUUUUUUUAAUUGCUCCCUGUUAAAUAUGUCCGUAACUACCCGCCCACCCCAAUAUAUUUGUAUAUACUGCCAUUUAAAAGCUAAAAGGAUUACUUGAAUUCGUUGUUUUAACGUUUUUACUCUUUUAUCUGUUUGUUUUAUUGGUGAUUCUGCUGCCUAACGACCUUUUUGUUUUUGUAACUGCUGGGGAAGCCGGAAGGACGGUUACACUGGUAGCUAGGUCCCCUGCCGGCUGAGCCACACUUGAUUUUAUUGUAGACACUUGGGUUCUGAGUAAGUUUUGUCUGAAUACAGCCAACGUGAUUGUUUCUCUCUAUUCUUAUCCUACAAGAAAAGAAUCUGUCUGGCACCUUUUAGUUGUACCCUCGUAUCUGCCUCUAAUAAACGUUGUAUUUUUCUCA